AUGGCGGGCACUCCCUCCUCCCUCACGCCCAUCGCCUCCGAGCAAGAGUUCACCCAGCAACUCUCGCAACUCCCACCGUCAUGCCUGGCCGUCAUCUACUUCCACGCGCCCUGGGCUGAACCCUGCAAGCAGAUGAAUACCAUCCUCACCGCCCUCGCGACCACAUACGAAGCCACGAACCCCCCACGGAUAGCUUUCUUCGCCCUCGACGCCGAAGAGGUCGCGGACGUCUCUGAGCGCUACAACGUCACACAGGUGCCGUUAGUGGUAGUACAGAAGGACGGCAAGACGCUCGAAUCGGUGACGGGCACGGACGCGAGCAAAGUCAGGAGCGCGGUGGAGAGACAUGCCAAUGGCAACGCGGGAGGUUCGAGCCUUCCACCGGCACAGAACGUAAGCCAGCAGGCGAAUGGCAAUGGACUGGCCAAAUAUGCGCCAGGUGCUUCAGACCCAGCGACUGCGCCGCAGCAUAGCUCGAAUGAGAUCAACGGCGAGCAACCGAAGGAGGCUCUCAACCAAAGGCUUUCAGAGCUGGUCAAGGCCGCCCCCGUGAUGCUGUUCAUGAAGGGCACGCCAUCCGCACCACAGUGUGGUUUCAGCAGGCAGACUGUCAGCAUUCUUCGCGAAAAGGGCGUACGAUACGGCUUCUUCAACAUCCUGGCAGACGACGAGGUACGGCAAGGCCUGAAGGAGUUCAGCGAGUGGCCAACGUUCCCGCAAGUCUACGUGGGUGGCGAGCUUGUCGGUGGGCUGGACAUUCUCAAGGAAGAAUUCGAGAAUGACCCCGAGUUCCUCAAGGACUACUCAGUCCAGUCGAAGCAAGGCGGCCCAGCAGCGUCCUAG